AUGGAGGAGGGACUGGGACUGGCAGUGACGGUGAGUCUAGUGCAAUUCGAUUUCCAUACUAAGCCCACGAUACCUAUAGGUUGGGGUCAAUAUCUCGGACAAUACUUGAGUGCACCUGUGGUAAACCAUGCAGUAGCCGGUCGAAGCUCGAGGAGCUAUACGGAUGAAGGGCGCUUCAAUACACUGGCUAACGAGGUUCAGUCCGGGGACUUUGUUGUCAUUGAAUUUGGCCACAACGACGGGACUUCUGGAUCAGUCGACAAUGGACGUCAGGUUGCAGUUGGUGACGGAUACGACACUACGUCCACAGUAGUGAACUCCGCUGGACAAUCAAUCGUAAUCCACACUUUCCCUUACUACAUCCAGAAUGCCGUCAACCUUUUCAAGUCCAAGGGAGCCAUCCCCAUCAUAUCCUCCCAAACACCCAGCAAUGAUUGGUCCAACGGCGCAAUCGUAGCCGGUCCCCGUUUUGUUGGGUACGCACAAACUGCUGCCAGUCGAACUGGUGCUACCUACAUUGACCACUACGGUUACACUGCCCAAGCAUACAACAAACUGGGACAGAGUACUGUAGCGCCGUUCUUCCCUGUUGACCACACCCACACCUCUCCUGCUGGUGCCAACAUUGUUGCUCAGGCCUUUGUACGAGGAAUACUUUGCUCCUCCAACGCUUUGAAGAGCAAAGUAAAUACUGACGGCCAGAAAGUACCAAAUGGCUGCAUCUGA